UUCAUUUUUCCAUUGUUUUCGUCUCUGAUUAAUUAUAUAAUGCAUUGUCUUAAUUUAUUCUGCUGUUUAAUUAAUUUUAAACUUAAUAUAUCGUUCUUUGUAAAUAGCAGUUUCUGCAUUUUGCCUUCUCCUGUUCAAAGUUCAAACCCUGUUUUCGAACUGCACAGCCCAAACAUGGAAACCUUAGCUGCUGACGUCACUACCGUAGCUCGGAACAAAUGGGGUUUCAGAUGCAACUUGGAAGUAGAUUAUGCCUCUGAGGAAGUUGCUCGUAUGGUUUAUGCUGCUCUGGCUGUUGAUAAGGAGUUACAACCGGAUAAGGUGAAAAGGCAUAUGUCAGUAUCCAAAGGGAAACUAUCUGUGGACCUUGAGGCAGUCGAAGCAAGAUUUCUUCGUGCAUCGUACAGUGCUUUUGUCGAUGUUCUUACACUUGCCACCAAGACAAUCGAAGAAUUCGGUCAGGGAUUGAUACAGUGACAUUUGAGAAGUGUAUUAGUAUUAGAAUUUGGUCAUAGAUUUAUUCUCUCAUAAUACUAUUAUAUUCCUAUGCCAUUAUCAACAAUUCAAAAUAAUCAAGAUUUUGAUAUUAACCAUA